GGGAUGGAGGCACUAGCACAGAGAACAUCCGGCAGCACUGAGAAUAAAGCUCUUCCUCCUCUGCAAAGAAUGUGAGAUGAGCAGGAGGAGAGAAUUGGGGAGGGAGAAGAAAUCGGAGCAGUUAAUAGAGCCUGCAAAGGAAAGGACUCAAGAUGCAGAAGGAAGUGGGAACCCCUCCUGGGAACACUGGAAAGCCAGAGCAGGAAAGAGAGAAACCAAGCUGGGGCUCCCGCAGUUACAACAUGGGGGCUGCCUCCUGUUUCCUCUCCACGCUCGCCACCUUCCCCAUCUACAAGACCAUCUUCCGGCAACAGCUCCAUGCCUUUUCUAUCCAGGAGGCCGUUUGCCAGCUGAGCCAAGAGGGCCUACACAAAUUCUACCGAGGAGUCUUUCCCCCACUUCUUUCCAAGACGCUGCAAGGCACCCUGAUGUUUGGCACAUACGAAAACUGCCUUCACAUCCUCUCCAGCCAGUCUUCUGGGCCUUACUCCCUGGGAGACCGGUACACAGCAGGACUCAUGUCUGGCAUUUCGGAAGCCAUGGUGCUUGCUCCCUUUGAGAGGAUCCAGAAUAUUCUUCAGGACGGACGGAAGAACAAGAGAUUCCCGACAACCCGCAGUAUCCUGCAGGAGUUCCACUCCUAUGCUCUGAGGGAGAAGCUGGUGCUGGGCUACUACCGUGGCCUAGGCCUCAUCCUGGUUCGUAACAGCCUGGGGAGCUCCCUGUAUUUCUCUUUGAAGGAUCCCCUUCGGGACAGCCUCUCUGAAAGGGGCUUGCCUCACUGGCUCCCUGCCCUGAUGUCCGGCAGUGUUAAUGGCAUGUUGAUUUGCCUUUUCCUGUAUCCUCUCAGUGUCCUUAUUGCCAAUGUGCAGUCUCAGGUGGGGAAACAGGAGAUGCUUCACUUCCAGGCCUCAGUGGCAGCCGUCUGGGCGAACCAUGGGAGGAGAGUGGUGUUGCUUUACAGGGGCGGGUCCCUCCUUAUUCUCAGGUCAUGCAUAACAUGGGGUCUCACCACAGCCAUCUAUGACUUCCUCCAGCAGAACACAGUCUAGGUUGGAGACCCACAUGGUUGGUAGUAAGGCAGGAUCUGGAGAGGGCUGUCCAGGAAGUGCAGGGGGAAACCAGAGAUGGAGUACCCUGCUUCCCCACCUUCCCUGGAGUCCAUCUGACUACUGCUUGCCACUGAAACAUUAAUGCAUUCUCCUCCCCCCCCCCCCCUUAUAGCUACCACCCCUGGUUACACUGAGGCAGAAUCUGAUAGGCCCAGUUUGGCCUCUUUCUGUCUCACACUCAAACACACACACUGAUCCCUCACAAGCAGUUGCUCCACCCCCGGACUUCAGCUUUCCUCAGAGCAAGCGACCGAUUCUCCACUAGUUCCUGCACAGCUGCAUUUUGACUCACAGAUCCCUCCAAUUUCCCCCACAGCAACUUGGCCUUGUUUUUUUGGAGAUCCAGAAGCUGCGAGAGAAAUUGGAGGGAGCCACGAAUCAAAAUACGGCUGCACAGCAACUAGUGGGAAAUCACUUGCUCUGAGGAAAGCAAAGCCCGGGGGCAGAGCAACUGCUAGAGAAGAAUUGGUAACAGUCUGACUCAUUUAAAAGCUGGCAUGCACAAAACCUAGUCCUUGUAUACAUGUGGGUGACAGAGGCUCUCUUAAACAAUACACUCUAACUUUAUUUGGGGAAAGAGUAAGAAGGGAAGGGGAGUGCAAUUACUUGCAGGGGAGAAAUAAAGAAAAUAAGGAAGAACUGCAUACACACAUGCGAACAUAGAGCAGAUAAACCAGUACAGAAAGCGAAGGCAGUCUGACUCAGCUGGUGCCCUAAUUAAAUGGCUUACAGUUCAUAGAUCCUGAGCCAUAACAACUUGACACAGAUCUAACCUGUGAAGGACUCCUCCAACCUUGCUUGCUGCUGGAAAAGGCAAGUGUCACUCUCCCUUUAUCAGCUUUUCUAAAAUCACACCCCCUUGCAUGGACAGAUGCCCUUUUCUUGCUGUGGCUUGUGCUAAGCCCAUAUAUUAUUUCCUUUUGGAAGAAAAAACCUAAUGCUCCCCCUGAGGUUGUGUGGGUUGCUGUCCUGUUCUCACUCUUGCUAGAGAGGCUGCCCAAAGGGACAGCCUGAUUCUGAAGCUGAAUUAAAAUAAGGUAAUAGGGACAGAUUACUGGAAGUGAGGCCCAUUUUGGGACCAGGCUGGGGCAGAACCUCAGUCAACAGUGCAAGAUUCAAUAGAAACCCAGAUGGAGGGAGGCACAAGCAGCAAGGAAGAAGAUCACACACCCAAGACUACAGUUUCUAUCUUCUAUAAUUCUUUAUACCUUUUUUAAAUUAAGCAAGCAUCAGGGGUAUCAUUACAAGCAUUUCCAAUAAGCAGCCUCUGUGGCUAAGAGGGGCUGUUUGAAGAAGGAAUAGAAGCAAGAAUAGUUGCUGGGCUGACCACCUGCCUAACCAUCUACAAAGCUUUGCUCUCCUACAUGAGAGACAAUUCACACAAUGUAUGCAAGAAAGGAAUGGGUAGAGGGACAAGGAGACCAGAGAGUAUUCACAGAGGUUAGGAGAUUACAUUGGCUGAGGGGUGGCAGCUUUCCACUAAGAGACUAAGUGAUGUAUCUCUGUAAGGCUCCAUUAAUAAACAGGUUUGAGGGGCUGCAUUAAAGCACCUGCUUAGCAUGCAAAAGACCCCAAUUCAAAAUAUCAGGUAGAAUGAGAUGCCAACCUCAGCCUGAGACCCUAGAGAGCCACUGCCAUUCUGAAUAGACAGAACUCUGAUCUAAAUGGGCCAAGGCAGCUUCAUUUGUUCAGUUUUUCCUCCAAUGAAUGAGACUAAUGUUCUUAGGGGGGAGGCAGGCACCAUACUAGGUGCAAGCAGAAAAAUCUGGAGGAAUCUCCCACACACACACACACACACACACACAGAGCAGCCUCUUUGCUCCUGUCCUUUAACAUGUGCAGUACUGGUAAAAGUUUAAUGAGUUCUGGGCUGCUCUCUCCGCCUACCUGGGAGCUGUAAACCCAAGAACAUCUCCUUCACACCUUGACCAACUCUACUCCUAUAGCUGCAGCAUGUCAGCUGAGAAGCCUCUCUUGUGGUUUCUGGGAAUCUGCCUUGGAGAGUUCAGGCAGAGAACUGGGAUGGGGGGAGUCUGAGGAGGAGCCACAGGGCUGCACUGACCACUCUUGGGCCCUUCAGUAUUCUCAAAAGUGACCUGUCUCCUUGAAGGAGGAUGGACCAACCAAGGCAGCCCCGUGGAAGCCCUUCCUGAGAGCCCCAGGGUCCAUAAUCAAGGGGUAGGUGAAUGCAUGGCUGAAGGGUAACAUAGCUCAGAUUAUUGACUGGGGGUGGGGGGUGGGAAUGGGGUGAUCCAUGGCAUAGAAUGUACCUGCUGUGCUGGUAACCUGCCAUGGCAUGGAAUGUACCUGCUAUGGCUUAAUGACCUCAGGAAGCAAAUGACCCAGUGAAGAACUGUUGUGUGUACAUCUGGAUUACUCUGAUAAAUUGAUUGCCUUAUCUUUGGUCCUUUCAAGGGAUUACUGUGCCUGGUUUCUUGACUUUUAAGGUAAAGAAAAUGACUUCAACAAUUGCUAGGGUUUCUUUUACAAUGGAUGACAUGGAGAAAUAAAUUAUGUGCUAAAUAA